GUUUCGUCUCCAUGAUUCGUAAGCCAUACCAAGCGAACGCGAUGUCCCGAAGUUCGGCAUUUCUAGGCGGUGGCGUGAUACAGGUCACUAAGUCUUAUGUGUGGUGGCUGAACAACCCCUGGGCAGCCUUCGUGGCUCUCGGCGCCAUCAUCAUCGUCCUCAGCCUUGUUGGAAUCAUCGUUCUUCUUUAUCUUUGGUCAAGGUAUACUCACUAUCUGCAUCAGUUCAGGAUUUACCAUUCAAACUUCACCAAUCCUGACUUCACCGAACCACCCAGUUUCCUCAGAGAAUAUGAAACUCAGAGUCUCAACAUGUACGUCCCCCCUGACGAGACGGUGCAGGCGCUUGGGGAGAUAAACAUGAACUUUGAUUUAGACACGCCCCGUCCCCCUGGCACUCAUGGAAGAGGUUCCACACGCAAUCCCAUCUACCAAAGGGCCAAGCCCAAACUACACAGAAUGAGGACUCUAAGGAUGUCCGACCUGACCGCCUUGGAACUGUUACUCAUCAUACUAGGAACAGCCUUCUCACAAGAACCCUGCACGCCGAUAGAUUCUGGCGGAAUCUCAACUCUAACAGUGUCAAUUCUGGAGGCAACAGAAGCAGAUCUAAAGGCUAACCCCGACUUCCACACGGCCCAGAUACGGAUAUUCGGCUCCGUGGGGUCUACUGUAUCCCUGAUAUUAUCACGGAACAUAGCCGGAAUCGACCCCAACGAUUACUUUCGACUUGAAGACUUCCAAAGCGGGAUUUAUCUUCGUCUAUUUCGGGCACUCGACAGAGAUGGCGCGUCACCUUCAAGUUUUGACGAUCAAAAUGUUUUCGAAUUCGUCAUGGAAUGCAACUCUCUGAUCUCAGCAACUACACGCUACUAUCCACUACGAGUUGCAAUUGAGGACACCAACGACAACGCCCCCGUGUUCGUCGGCGCCCCCUAUUCUAUUUCAGUCAGCGAGCUUGCCCCAAUUGGAACGACGGUCUUCCAAGGACUUUCUGCCACCGACCUUGAUUUUGGAGGAAAUAAGAAUAUUGAUUUUGGUAUUGUGCCUGGAUCAGGUGCAAAGACUGAUGGAAGCACGGUAUUCCAGAUUAGGCGUCCCAGCGAGGGUUAUGUCACCGUGACAGGUGGUCUAGACUUUGAAGAACUGAGCGCUGUCAACCAGGCAUACUACAUCCUCAACAUCUCAGCCUCGGACCGAGCAUACCCGCUAACCAACCGCAAAACGUCAUUUACAACUCUGAGGAUCGACAUCACCGACGGAGAUGAUUUGGGCCCCGUCUUUGAAUACUCAUCCUGUGCUCGCUACGACGGCAUCUGUUACAACCCUCGCUACACCACCACCGUCACCUCAAAUGAACUGACUGGCCAGAUGACGUUCUUCCCAUCUCCCGCCAUCACGCCCACCCAGCAGACCGUUAGCAUCCAAGCCAAGGACCAGGACACAUUGAACUCUCCCAUCAGAUUCUUCAUCCAAGAGACAAUCCCGUCAGGAUACACCAGCAUGUUUGCCGUCAACACCCAGAACCCGCCCCCGGGGUCAGACAUGUACACGGCCGCUAUUAACCAGAUACAGAGCAUCAGUAGACUCUCAACACAGACUCUCACCUUAGUCCUCAGGGCCGAAGAGCAAUCAGAUCGUAGGCGGUAUGAACGGGCGCAGAUUGUCUUGUCCAUCAACUCCGCUAAUCUCUUUGCCCCAUCUGUGACGUCAUCAACCGGAACUUUGACCGGCUACAUCUUCGAGAACUCCGCAGUAGGAACGCUGGUGACCGACCUGUCUAACUCACAGCUAUUGCAACUUCAAGUAACGGACAGCGAUGUGCUUGCGUCUGACCCUCGCCAAUCUUACACAUUUACUGUAACGGGAACAAGCAUCUUCGGCGUCAACAGCAACGGAUAUAUCAGUCUCAACACCAACAACCUGGACUUUGAAACAACACCCGUUGUCUCCUUCUCGGUUAUUGUUGCCGAAGCAAGCACUGCAGAGAAACGAUCAUCUACAGUUUCUCUGACUAUCAACGUGUUCAACAGAAACGACGACGCCCCGAUUUUCCCUGCAACAACAUCCAUCAUCAAGGUCGGAGAGGGAGACUACUCCCGCAAUCCUCAAACCAUCCUUACGGUUGUGGCAACUGAUGCUGACACAGGGGUCAAUGGUGCCAUCACGUACUCUCUGGUUAGCGUCAGUGGUGACGGAGAUGGGAAGUUCCAAGUUGACAGUGUAUCUGGAAGUAUUCAAAUUGUGGGGAGCGUGGUCCGGAACACCAUCUACACCCUGUCAAUACAAGCUACUGAUAACGCCCUCGACGGGGAACAGAAGUCGGCACAGACCGCUGUCAUUGUCAACGUCACUAGGACCGGCAAUGAGGGUCCAUCAAUUCCAUCCCCCAACUACAGCCUGUCCAUCAGCGAGGGCGUUCCCAUAGAUACAUCCAUAUUUGCUGUUCCGGCAACUGAUAUUGACAACGACGUCCUGACAUACAGCAUCAUCUCAGGCAACAGCAACUUUGACUUCACCAUUGAGCAAAACAACGGUAUUGUCAGAACGAGAACCCGCCUGGACCGAGAGCGUCGCCCUAACUAUUCCCUGUUGGUCUCUGUGUCGGACUCCUCAAGCCGGACCGCAACUACUACUCUCAGCCUCGUAGUCACCGACAUCAACGACAACAACCCCAUCUUCCUCAAUCAGCAAUACUCCUUCUCCGUUGACGAGAAUGUGAUCAACGCACCUGUUGGCAGUGUAUCGGCAAACGACCAAGAUGAGCCAGACACAGUGAACAGUCAGAUGUUCUACUCACUGAGUGCUGAAAAAUUUACGAUCAACUCCCAAUCAGGGGAGAUCACCACGACCGAAGCUUUGGACUACGAGACUCAAAAGGUGCAUUAUGUUCUUGUCAUUGCCCGUGAUUCUGCUGUCGACAGCCGCAGUGGCACUACCACCGUCACCAUCAACGUCCAAGACAAACAAGACAACGUUCCUAUCUUUGUACAGUCACUGUACGAGCCCAAGGUUCCGGAGAAUGAGGCCAACUAUCUUGUCGCUACUAUAAAGGCUGAAGACGCAGAUUCUGUCGACAACAUCGUCUACCAACUGGUCGGCAGUGGAGCUAGCAAUUUCACCAUCUCACAAAAUGGCGAGAUACACACUCGACAAGCACUUGACUACGAAAGCAGUAAUUUUUACGAGUUCUUCGUCACAACAGCAGAUGGCGUCAACUCGUUCCUCCCGUCAGCCACCGCGACUGUCAGAGCAUCCGUCAUCGAUCGAAACGACAAUGCCCCAGUUGUGAGUUUGUCCGUCACCACUAUAACGCUGCAGGAGAGUACCCGGGUGGGGGACGUACUUACUACAGCCUCAGCCGUAGACAACGACCCUGCUGUAAGUAUAGCGUUGAUGUGA